UCAGAGGAACUGGAGUUGGGGGGCGAGGCGCCAGCCGGCCCCGCCCCUCAGGCCGGUCCCACCCAUCAGGGCAGCCCCGCUCCUCCUGCCGUGGCGUGGCCGGGCGUGGCGCGAGGUGGGCGCUGCCGCGCCAGCAGCCCUGUGGCGGCGACGACGAUGGACCCGGAGCCCGCGAGCCGUGCGGAAGGAGGAGAAGCAGUUGCAGCCUCGGGAGCUGCGGCCGCCGCGACGUUCAGGGAAUCGGCUCGGCAGGUGAAUAGUGAAAGAGGCUUUGAAAAUGUAGAACUGGGAGUCAUAGGAAAGAAGAAGAAAGUCCCGAGGAGAGUCAUCCACUUUGUAAGUGGUGAAACAAUGGAAGAAUACAGCACAGAUGAAGAUGAGGUUGACGGCCCGGAGAAGAAAGAUGUUUUGCCUACUGUUGAUCCGACAAAACUCACCUGGGGCCCCUACUUAUGGUUUUACAUGCUUCGAGCUGCCACGUCAACCCUUUCAGUGUGUGACUUUCUUGGAGAGAAGAUUGCAUCUGUUUUGGGCAUCAGCACCCCAAAAUACCAAUAUGCCAUUGAUGAGUAUUACCGGAUGAAGAAGGAGGAAGAAGAAGAAGAAGAAGAAAACAGGAUGCCUGAAGAAGCAGAAAGACAAUACCAGCAGAAUAAACUGCAGGCUGAUUCCAUUGUCCAGAGGUAUCAACCAGAAACAGUGGUAUCCAGUUCAUUUGUGAAUCUCAAUUUUGAAAUGGAGGGAGACUGUGAAAUAAUUAUGGAAAGCAAACAAAAUCCAGUCUCUGUCCCGCCAUAGAAUGACUAUCAAACUUCAAACUUUAGGGUUUUUGUAAUACCAGGAACUUUCACAUUCUUUAUUCAGUGGGACUUAAUACAAUUAUUUAUAUUUUAAAUUAUUAUCUGGAAAGGGAAAAAUGUUUCUUCAUUCUUAGGCUCUAUCUAGCAAAAGCCAGAUCUGAAAUUUGAUAUUUGUACUGUGCUUUUACUGUGUGUCACAUUAGUGCUUUGGUUUUAAAAUGUUCUUUAAAGAAAUUAAGGACAUUCUAGAGCCCUAAUUGCCAAUUAAGCGUUAAAUUAUCAAGCUUGUCUGUUAUUGGUGUUUUAAGAAAAAAAUAGUUAAAUUACUAAGACUAAUUGGAGCUGAUCUUCCUAGUCUCAGAUUAAAAUGAGGAUUUUCCCCCCUUAGAUUUUCUCAUGUUGUUUUACAUUUAUAUAUCUAACCAUUACAUUAAUUUCAUACUAAGGAUGGUUCACUGAGUGUGUAAUAAAAGGAGCAAGACAAAA